AUGGAAAGUUUCAAUGAAGAAGAAUACUCCACAAGUAUUGAUGUUAAGGAAAAAGCCGAGGAUAAGGAAGAAGUUGAAGAAGAAGAAGAUAGAGAUGACGAAGAGGAGGAGAUUUGCAUUGAUGAGUUGGAGAACAGGAUGUGGAUGGACAAGUUACUGCUUCGAAAACUUAAGCAAAAGGAGAGUAAGAAACUUGGCACAGAUGAGGAUGGACUAUCCAACUCGAAGGCGAUAGUCAAACAAGAGCAAUCACGCCGAAAGAAGAUGUCAAGAGCUCAAGAUGCAAUUCUCAAAUACAUGAUAAAGACAAUGGAUGUAUGUGACGCGCAAGGCUUUGUGUACGGAAUCAUACCUGCAAGAGGGAAACCAGUAACCGGUUCAUCUAAUAAUUUACGUGCAUGGUGGAAAGAGAAAAUUAAGUUCCAUAAGACUGCUCCAGAAGCCAUUGCUAAACUGAUAUCCCCAGUUACAACACAACUAGAUGUUGAAAACGAGGCAUUGGUCACUUCUUACAUGCAUCAUCUUCAGCACUUGCAAGAUACCACUCUGGGUUCUCUUUUAUCAGCUUUGAUGCAACAUUGUGUACCUCCACAGAAGAAAUUUCCGUUGGAAAAGGGUAUAUGUCCUCCUUGGUGGCCUACUGGGGAAGAACCAUGGUGGGGAGAGCAGGGACUUUUGGCUAAAGAAGAGGGUCCCCCGCCAUAUAGGAAACCGCAUGACCUGAAAAAAGCCUGGAAAGUGAGUACUUUAACUGCUGUUAUCAAACAUAUGUCACCUGAUUUUAAGAAUGUUAGAAGGCUUGUUGUACAGUCUAAGUGUCUUCAAAAUAAGAUGACCGCAAAAGAGACUCUUACUUGGUCCAAUAUUGUGACUCAAGAAGAAGCUCUAUGCGAUCAUCUCAAUGAUUCUCUUAAUAUUUCAUGUUCUUCAGCUAUGAAAGAAAAGGAAGAGGAGGAUGAUUUCAACAGCAUUCAUUCAAUUAUCAGCGAUGAAGUAGAACGAGAUGGGUUUAGUAUGAGUUACGGAGAGAAGAGAAAACCGGAAAUCGAUCAUCAACUGGAAGUUGAUCUUAUUUACACUUGCCAGAACAAGGAGUGUCCACAGAGUGUUAUGGAGUUUGGUUUUGCUCACAAGAACACCAGGACUGAUCAUGAAUCUGUAUGCGUUUAUCGGGCUGAGAAUAAUGCGAUUAAUUUUGCAUCAACAAGUGAUGAAAGGCAUGUAGAUCGGAUGUUGCAUAAAAGUAGCUCAGGAGGGUCUAGUACUGGUAGUAAUACAACACCUACCAGUGAGCUUCAGGAAGUGCUUGCCGAUGUAGCAGGCAAUAAUGGAAUUCCAGGUGGCCAGCAAGGUAGAGUUGAAGAUCAUCCUUAUAUAGAAGUAGCAUUUGAGAGGCAAAGAGAAGAAAUUACACCAACUUAUGGUACAGACAUAGAAGAGAUUCUAUCACAAAAUCAAGAAGAAACCUCAAUCUGGGAUAUGAAAUUUGUCUGGGAUUUGGAUGAGAACUGA